UAUAUAUGGCUUUCUCCUACCGGUGCUGUCUCCUGAAGCAUGCUUGGGUGGAUGACGUUUUGGUGGAAGAUGACGUGGACUUGGGGUUGAGGUCGAGAGGAACAGCUUGUGCCGUUACUUGCCAGCAGAGACCAAAACAGUCCAGCCUGGGGACUGAUGGCAUCACUCAUUCUUUGGGCUAGCUGGGGCUUUAACUGAUAGCCUGUAGGAAAAAUAGGCUCGAUCCUGAUGGUGCUUUUUUUAUGACCCUUUGUGGUAAGGACUAACCCGUUUUCAGUUACACGACAUGAGAAGAUAGCCAACGGGCUACUGGGAGACCAGGGUCUGCCUGGUGUAUUUGCGCUAUAUGAACUUUUGCCCAUGGUGGUGAAGCUGACAGAGAAACACCGGCACUGAAGAUGUUGGGAAAUUGACGGUGGAUGGGAUGAGGGCCCAGGAGGAGUUGGAACUGAAGGAGAGUGAAUGGCACAAUGAACAUGAAGCAAUUCCUAAAGGAGUUUUAUGGCUUAUGGAACCUGCUCCGUUUGAAUUACAAUACCCAGGUCUGCCAACGUAAAGCCAAACCAGAUAAAAAGAGGGUCCCUAAUCUGCUAAGCAUCUAGAGCAGACUAGGUGGGAAACUCGGGCAGCCAGCUCCAGAAGGGGAAUGCGACGUGCUGAAUUAGAAGCCGGUAGCGCGCACGGAAAGCAAGACGUCAGAGGGACUUCACAGCAAACGAUACGCAUAGGCUAGGGAACACCACCCCUGAAGAGAGGGACAGCUCUGGCCUUCUCUCUGAAAUAACAAGGGCACCUUUGUGCAGCUGGGCUUGGAAGCCUCCCACGCUUUGGUAGGUAACCCAGAGGUAUGCGUGGCAGAAGUGGCCAUCUGCUGCUAAGAGCAACUGCCAGGAAGGGGGAGAUCAAGUUCCAGUUCCGCUGUUUCCCAGACCCAGAGGAGUGCCCCAACUAGCCAGCUGAGGACGAUUCUUUGAGCAGAGCACCUUCAUUUUCCUGCUGAACUGCUGGAGUAGGUCCACAGCGCAGGCAGACACAACCGUCACAGGGGGAAGGGGGUUCAAUCCGUUAUCUGUAGCAACAGAACUUCAGGCGCUGAGGCUUCCUGGUGAAAACACCCUUAAGGUAUAACUUGAUGGCUUCAGCGGUAUGCUCGGCUCACUUGCCAGAGCUGAGCACCGUGUACUUUACUCGCAUAAAUCUUACGGGCAUUUUGCCCUGAACACCUGCGAAGAUUCACCUCCUCAGGGAGACCGGGGCGCACCAGACCCAUAAAAGUACGUGGACUGCUGCUACUGCCAGUACCGCUGUCAAGGGAUGCAGUAGGGUUCAGGAGCUGGGAUGUACAUUCUUACACUGAUAAAACAAGCGUCCACACUGUGCUUGGGUCUCCGACUCGGUCCGAUACUGGGAUCGUGAUUAGCACGGCAUAGCAAUAGGAGACUAACGGUUGCCUGAAGGCUGUAAGCUCUGGCGCCGCCUCAGAUCCCUGGGGGCGAGGCAAGAGGAGUAACAGUACCUCCACUCGCCGAAGCAGCGGCUUUGCUAGAUGUUUGACUACACCAAGGGCUGGAGUGUGACUGUUCCCUCAACUCCUGCUCAGAUUUUGGCUAGCCCAGCUCACACUAAGGCCUGAUGUAUGCUGGGAGCAGCGCCUUUGGGUUGAAGGGAGAGCACCAGGUAGGCAGCACAGGUGGCCAGGAAGAGCUAAAGGGCCAUGAUGCAGCCAUUAGCACCUGCAGCUGGCUGUCUCCUGCAGCCACCAUCUUUGCCUGGCAGUAUUGUCAGAAUCUGCUGACUUUUGGAAAUGGUAUAGACCAGACUUCCAAGCUGGAAGGUAUAAAACAUCAGCUUAGCCAAAAAGCCUUUGAAGGAGAUUCAACAGCAGCUGGACUGCUGAGGCUUUUGUGCUUCACGGUGUGAUACAGGGGACGCCCGCACGGUGACGGAGGAGGAAGGAUGAGCACUCUCACUAGGGAAAAACAAAGUCUUUUUUUGGUGGGGUUUUCUUGGUGUGUCCCGUCCCCCCCCCCAUAAGCCCGCGACUUUAAGUGUUACGGGUUGUAAGUUAUGAAACAUCAUGGCUUGAGUAGUGCCUCAGUGAAUUCACGUAAGAGAGUAGCCCGGGCAAAGGGGACCGAGCCCUGUUUGUCGUGUGUGUUUGUUGUAUUUCUUCACGUGCUCAUGAAAUAAAGCUUAAUUCACAGAGUUCGUUGUCCUGUAAAUUUGAACUUUUCUCUGCCAUGCCGGUUUUUCUCCCACUGCUUGCAGUCUGUCCCGUUCCUGCUGCAAAACGGGGAGCGAAAGCUUCAGUCAUUCCACCUAUGUAUGCUUGGGUUUCGUACUAGGUGGGAACUCCUGCUCCAGGGGCUGAAGUUGGAGCUGUUCGUAGAAAGUUCGAGCUCUUCAGUUGGCUUCCCUGGGCGAUGGACCUUUUCCACGGUCCCUGCGGUCCCACCCUUGUUGCCCCAGUGGCCCCGGACCCUGCCAUCCGACCCUCUGGGCUUUCCUCGCGCUCCUUCUCUCCCAGACUGCACCGGGAGCGCUUUUUGCCCCCAGCGUUCUGCGGGGCCCUUAACGGUCUCUGAGCGGAACGCGCUGGAGCGAACGGCUGCCGGGGCGGCCUCUCCCCCGCGGCAGCACCGCAGCCCGCCGGCGCACCCUCAGCGAGGAGCGAGAAGCGAGAAUAAGGGAGAAGGGAAGCGCUGCCACAGAGCGGCGCCGAGCGAGGCCGGCUCUCCCGCCCGGCGCCCCGUCGCGCCCGGCGGGCAGGGGGAGCCGCUGCGCCCGCCGCGGCAGGCGCCUGAGCGCGGUCCGCCGGGGCAGGCCGCGGAGCAGCCCCCGCCGCGGGGCCCGUCAGGCGGCGGAGCCCGGCUCGAGAGCGGGGGCAUGGCGGCGCGGAGCCAGGGCUCCCUGCGGCGCCUGCUGCAGAGCUCGCAGGAGGCGCAGCACCGGCAAGCGGUGCUGGUGCGGAAGCUGCAGGCGAAGGUACUGCAGUACCGGACUCGGUGUCGAGAGUUGGAGCAGCAGCUGGCAGCAGGAGGGGGCCCCCUUCCAGGCGGGUGGGAAGCCACAGAAGACCAGAGCCUGGAGAAAGCACUGCUUCAGGUGGAAGAGGAGCAGCAAAGGUGUGAGACUCUGGCAGAAGUGAACACUCUCCUGCGGGAACACCUCGAUGAAGCGAAUGAGGUUAAUUCAGCCCUUAAAGAAGAUGUUGGAAAACUGACGGCGGAUUGGAUGAGGGCCCGGGAGGAGCUGGAAUUGAAGGAGAGCGAGUGGCGCAGCGAACGUGAGCUUUAUGACAACUACUUAAUGGGUGAACAUAGCCGUCUACUCAGCCUAUGGCGUCAGGUGGUAACCUUCCGCCGUCAUUUCCUGGAAAUGAAGACUGCCACUGACCGAGAUCUGUCAGAGCUGAAGGCAGAGCAAAUGAGGCUUUCCGGAUCUAUACUUGUAAACUGCUCCCGUCUAAACUCUGGCGUACAGCUCUGGCAGUCCUUCACCCUGGGUAAACCUGUCCUGAAGGAUCAGGCACAGCAGCAAGCGGGACAGAAAAUAAACCAGAAGGCUCAGGAAGUGAUGUGCUUACCAGUCAAGGGGGACCUGGAGAAGAAGGAGCUUCAAGACAGGGUGAUGGAGCUCUCAGCCUUGCUUGUACAGUCUCAGAAGCAGAACGAGGAGAAGGAGAAGACCAUGAAAACACUUAACGACACUGUGGAGAUUCUAGAAGCAAGUCGGUUAGAGAAAGAAUAUGAAGCUUCAUUGACUAAAAGUGCCAAAGAAGAGAAUCGUUCCCUCCAAAAGCUGAUAAAAGAUAUAACUGAGGUGGUGUUAGGUGACAGUGACAGCAUGGUCAGCAUUAUCUGCACUGACAGUUCCCAGCAUGCAGAGUCUAGCACCAUCCUGUCUUGUCUGAGCUCCGUUGAUGCAGAGCAUGCCUUUGUAUUGGUUCAGGAAGCACUGGCAAGGAGGCGAGGAGCAACACAGGCCCUAAAAGAAGAGCUUUCUGCCAGGCAGGACUCCAUCAGUUUCCUGCUGCACCAGCACAGACAGCAGGAAGAGAAGUGCAGGAACCUGCAGCAAAGGCUUGAGCAACUGGAGGAGGAAUGCAAGACGUCCAGCAGCCACCGGCAGCACCUCCAGUCUCUGGUAGAAGCACUCAGAAGUGACUGUGCAAACCUUGAGAAAACCAGGGAAGAGCUUCGGCAACAGCUUGAACUAACGGAGCAAGAAGCCUCGCGUCUGCGUCAAAGUAACACUGAACUGCAGCUGAAGGAAGAUUCAGCCCAGGGGGAAAAGGUGGAGCAGCAAGAGAUGAUGGAGAGAGCGCGUCGUGACCGGGAGCUCCUACUGAAGGACUUAGCUGCACUUGAAGGAGAACAUUCAUCAUUACAGAGCGAGUUGGUAGUCGCAAGAGAGAUGCUGGAGGAAUCGCACCUUCAGAGGGAUCUGCUGAAGCAGGAGAAACACGAGCUUACCGUGGCACUGGAAAAGGCAGAGCAGUCAGUAGCAGAGUUGACAGGGGCUCAGAAUAAGCUGAGUGCUGAAAUAGCCGACCUACACGUUGCAGCAGCGAACAUGAGCAGUAUCAAUGAAGCUCUUGCGCUGGACAAAGUGCAGCUGAACAAACUUGUGUUGCAGCUGGAGCAAGAGCAUGACGUUCUGUCAGGUAAAGUGGACGAGAUGGAGAGAGCAAAGAUCUCUGACCAGGAGAAGCUGAACUUGUGUGAAAGAACAAACGAGGCGCUGAGCGCAGAGAAAGCCCACCUGGAGCAGCUGCUGAAGAAAGCAGAGGAGCAACAGGACAUCAUUGCAAGGAGAUUUCUACUCAGAGCCGCUGCAGUGUUUUGGAGAAAUAAGUUUAUUUUAAAAAUAAAACCAGGCAAGAAGUCUUUGUAUACAGUACAGAAACUGACAGGAACAACAUAA